GUUCUGUGAGGUCACAGUGCCAACUGCUCCACUGAUCCUGGCAGAUUCCACUUGGCACUUUUCAGGGGACAUUCAGAGGCAUCAGCCACUUCCUCCUCACCAGCUCCCAGAGAUCCCCGCCUCCAUCCCCAAUCCUAAAGAAGGAAAUCGAUGCCACGGUCCUCAAGGAGCCCUGGGGACCCAGGCGCCCUACUCGAAGAUGUGGCCCACAAUCCCAGACCCCGGAGGAUUGCCCAGCGAGGCCGGAACACCAGCAGGAUGGCAGAGGACACCUCCCCAAACAUGAAUGACAACUUCCUGUUGCCUGUCCGCAUCAAUGCCCAAGCCCUAGGCCUGACUCAGUGCAUGCUGGGAUGUGUGUCCUGGUUCACCUGUUUUGCCUGCUCCCUGAGAACUCAGGCCCAGCAGGUUCUGUUCAACACGUGCAGAUGCAAGCUGCUGUGCCAGAAGCUCGUGGAGAAGACAGGCAUUCUGCUCCUCUGUGCUUUCGGAUUCUGGAUGUUUUCUAUUCACUUACCAUCGAAAAUGAAAGUCUGGCAGGAUGACAGCAUAAAUGGUCCACUGCAGAGCUUAAGGUUGUACCAGGAGCAGGUGCGACAUCACAGUGGGGAAAUCCAGGACCUCCGAGGUAGCAUGAACCUGCUCAUUGCCAAGCUCCAGGAGAUGGAAGCCAUGUCCGAUGAGCAAAAAAUGGCCCAGAAAAUAAUGAAGAUGAUACACGGAGAUUACAUCGAAAAGCCAGACUUUGCCCUGAAGUCUACAGGGGCCAGCAUUGACUUUGAGCACACGUCAGCCACCUAUAACCAUGAGAAGGCCCACUCCUACUGGAACUGGAUCCAGCUGUGGAACUACGCACAGCCCCCAGACGUGAUCCUUGAGCCCAACGUGACACCUGGCAAUUGCUGGGCCUUUGAGGGUGACCGCGGCCAGGUGACCAUCCAAUUGGCUCAGAAGGUCUACCUGUCCAACCUCACGCUGCAGCACAUCCCCAAGACCAUCUCACUGUCAGGCAGCCUGGACACCGCCCCCAAGGACUUCGUCAUCUACGGCAUGGAGGGCUCCCCCAAGGAGGAGGUGUUCCUGGGGGCAUUUCAGUUUCAGCCAGAAAACGUCAUCCAGAUGUUCCCACUCCAGAACCAGCCGGCCCGGGCUUUCAGUGCGGUCAAGGUGAAGAUCUCAAGCAACUGGGGGAACCCAGGCUUCACUUGCCUGUACCGCGUGCGAGUGCACGGCUCUGUGGCCCCGCCCAGAGAGCAGCCUCACCAGAACCCCUACCCUGAGAGAGAUUAAAAUUUAUUCUUUACCCCCAGACCAAGUCUGAGUGUCUUUUGGCCCCAAAGAGAGAGAGUGGGCUAGCCUUUCCCAUCUGAGCAUUUGAUGGUUAGCAAUGGUUGAUCCCAUUCCGGGUGCCCAGGCACCUUCUCAGCAGCCCCAGGAGACCCCAUUCACGGAUGAGGACAGUGAAGGCUCCAAGCAGCAAACUGACUUGCUGCAGAUGACAGACAACAAAUGGCAGCUCCAGGAUUCAAACCCACGCAGUCUGACUCUUGCACAUGAGAAGCCUUUCUUGCUUCAAGUUAAGCUCUGUCCCCAAACUGUGUGUGACACUGGUCAAGACCCUACCCUCUAGGAGCCUUGGUCUCCCCAGCUAUAAAAUAGGGACAGGAUUAUGACUAUUGUGUCAGACAAGGUGAUAGAUGAGAGGUCCCAACCCUACCCACUGUGGAGUGUUUCAACAUCAUACUGACAAUUUACUGUGUGACAUUGGGCAUGUCAGACACCCUCUCUGGACUUCAGUUUUUCCAAGUAUGGAGGGCCCCUGCACCGGCCCGUCCUGCUGCAGAAUCCACCAUUCUGGCCAUCUGCCAGGCCUCCACGCCAGCACACGGGGUUCCUCCAGCACCUGGCCCAGGCCCAUCUCUGAUGGGCCUCACAGUGGAAUGGGCUUCAAGGGGUCGCCUCACAUCCCUGCUGCUCCCUGCUCCUCCCAGCAAUCAGGGCACCUGGAAGCCACACACGUCCAGCCUGGCAUCAUUCGGGUAGUUUUUCUGUAAACCAUUCUUGUUAUUAAAAAGCCAAAUC